CAACGUCAAGCCGAAUUAUACGUCAUCACCGGCCGACACCAGCACAGUAAACAAGCGUCAAACCAGGCAUUUUUCAGUCUUUUAAAAACGGAGUAAACGGAGAUCAAAUAUGCCCAAAGUGGUGUCUCGGAGCGUGGUGUGUUCGGACACUCGUGACAGAGAAGAGUAUGAUGACGGAGAGAAGCCACUGCAUGUGUAUUAUUGUCUUUGCGGCCAGAUGGUGCUGGUUUUAGACUGUCAGGUGGAAAAAUUACCCAUGAGACCUCUGGAUAAAGCAAGAGUGAUUGAUGCAGCAAAACACGCCCACAAGUUCUGCAAGGUGGAUGAAGAUGAGACGGUGUACUUGAAAAGGGCGGAUGGCAUCGAAAGGCAGUUUCGUAAAAAAUGUGGAAAGUGUGGUUUGCUGUUGUUUUAUCAGCAUCAGGUGAAAAGCACUCCAGUGACAUUCAUCGUGGACGGAGCUCUGGUGAAGUUCGGCCAAGGAUUUGGCAACACAAGCGUAUACAGUCAGAAACAAGAGGCUCCCAAGAAAGUCAGGGUUAUGAUGACAAAGCGUACCAAAGACAUGGGCAAGUUCAGCUCGGUUACCGUCUCAACAAUCGAUGAAGAAGAGGAAGAGAUUGAAGCUCGAGAGGUGGCGGACUCUUAUGCCCAGAAUGCCAAAGUGAUUGAGAAACAACUUGAAAGGAAGGGAAUGAGCAAGAGACGACUACAGGAACUGGCGGAACUUGAAGCUAAGAAAGCCAAGAUGAAGGGAACUCUCAUUGACAACCAGUUCAAAUAAAGAUGUGUGUAUGUGAGGCAAAUAAAUGUGAUGUCUGCAUGUGGCUGCGUCAGAGUAUGUGUGUGUAUUUGUGCAAUAGAUUCUGUGUUAGGGGGCCAGGGGGGUAUUUUUUUUUUUUUUUACAAAUUUUGUUAAAAUGUUUGAAUCCUAUUUUGAUUAAAUGAAAACAACUGAAUAAAUGGCGUUGUUUCUGCUUUCAGAGUAAUGUCAUAAUGCAGA